UCGCCAACCCUCUUCUCACGUAAAUCUAACAACAUCCAAAGCUAUCCUCAUCAAGACAUCUACAAAAUCGUCUCCGACAUCGACUCCUACUCCUCCUUCCUCCCUUACUGUUUAGAAUCAACCGUGACAUCCCGAGACGCCUCAAACUAUCCGAAAACGGCGGAUCUACGAGUCGGUUUCAAAGGCAUGGAAGAGAAAUUCACUUCCAACGUCAAGUGUAGCGGAGGAUCGCACAUCCACGCAAGUGCAUCCCGCCACCCCCUCUUCAAAACCUUAAACUGCGAAUGGACGAUAACCCCCGACAAGUUUACACCAGACUCUGCAUGCAACGUAUCUGUCGCGAUCGAGUUCGCGUUCACGAAUCCGUUGUAUGCUGCUGUUGGGGGGGCUGCGGCACCGAAGGUUGCGCCGUUGAUGAUUGAUGCGUUUCAGAAAAGAGCGGAGGAGGUUUUGGGUCGUAGUAAGAAGUGA